CUCACUAAAACAUCAAUAGGAACAAUUCCCUCCGAUUCCAACGAGAUCUCCAAAUCCUCCUCCGACUCCGACUACCAAAAACACCAAAAAUUAAAAAAAAACCCUCGUUGUCUCUCUCUCAAUUCUCAACUUCAUCUUCUCUCCUCAAACACGAUGGCUCCUUUAGCCUACCCUCUCGUUGAAGAAAGGAGAGCAGAGCUGGUCAACUUCAAGGGCAAUCAACAACCCAUCAAGCGCAAAGGUCUGUUCCUCAACCCCACCUCCUCAACCUCCCCCCUCCGUCGACACAGCGUCGCAGACGAUCCCAAGUACCCUCACUUCCGAUGGUGGGCCGACCCCCAACCCCAGUGGGACCAAUGGGUCGACAAGCUCAGCCCCAAAUACUCCUAUAUCUGGCAAAAAGCUGGCAUCUUUGAUGCGAUCAUGGCCUCCAAGUUCAAGCUUAGAAGAGAUACUCCUUCCCUUUUGGGGGUUUGUAGAUACUGGUCCAAACAAACCAAUACCUUUGUUUUCCCUUGGGCUGAAGCCACUAUAACACUUGAAGACGUCAUGACUCUUGGAGGUUUUUCAGUGCUCGGCGAACCCGUUAGAGUUAAUGAGCCCGUAGGAGGUGUAAUUGGGUACAUGGUGAAUAAAAUGGAAGUAGAAUUGAACAAUUUCAAGCGAAAACACCUUAAAGGUGAGCAAUUUCAAUGGAUGAAGCGUUAUCUUGGAAGAGGCAACGGGGACGAAACAGAGCACAUUGCGUUUUUGUCCAUGUGGUUGUCGAGAUUCGUGCUGAUUGCUGCCAACGAGAAAUCAAUCAGAAAAUGCGUGUUUCAGGUUGCGGUCAGAUUGGCUAUAGGAACUAGGAUUGCGAUGGCUCCUGCGGUGCUCGCUGUUAUAUACCGAGACUUAGGAAAAGUGAAAGAAUAUCUUUGUAAAAAAUUUAAAACUCCGAUUCCUAUAUGCGCGCCGAUGAAUAUAGUUCAGUUGUGGCUGUGGGAGAGGUUUUUGCCUCUAAGGCCAAAUUUGAAAAGUUUAAUGAGUCCUGAUACCCCGAGAGCUUCGAGAUGGAGCAUGUCAGGAAAAGCGAUGGAUUUUUCAUCAGCGAUGGAGGUUCUCGAGUCCCCCGAUGAGUUUCAAUGGAGGCCUUAUGUGGAUGAAUUGAAGCAUGAGGGUAGAUGGUACUUUAGCUGCGAAACUCAUGAUGAAGAUUUGCUGUCAUUUGCUAAGUGUUUGAGGGCAUGUGCAUUGGUAGGGUUAGACUGUAUCGAACAGUAUCAGCCUCAUCGGGUGGCAAUGCAGUUUGGUUUGGAUCAAGAUAUACCCAAAUUUGUUCCGCGUGUGAAUGAUUCAUGGGAGGCUGCUUGGAAAACCUAUGAUAUAAGUUCGAAGAAUGUCAAGUUUUAUGUGUCUCCAGGGUUUUUUAGUGCGGAUGUCACUGUUGAGUACUCAACUUGGUGGAGGAACAUGAAGAAGAAGAAUAUGAAGAGAAAGCAAGCGCAAGAUUUGUCUAGUGACCAAAUGAAGAAAGUGCAAGGUUGCAAUGAAACUGAGCUCUCGACUUCUCCUGCUCUUAGACCUGGUGAAGUUCAUGGUGCUUUGGAAAAUUCAGAAACAAUGAAGAAAAAUUUGGAUCUCAGAAGCAAAGUUGAAUUAGGGAUUGAGAAACAACAGAAGGAAGACCUUAGACCUGAUUCUGUCUUUAAAGAGGGAGUUACAGGAGCUAUUGAGGAAACAAAUGAGGGGGAACUUCAUAAUGAACAGGCAGAAACAGAUACAUUGAAAGAAGAGAAAGAGAAACAAUUGGAAGAAGAGUCCCAGACUGUGAUAUUAAAUGCCAGUGAGAAUGAAACAAUGAAAUGUUCUUUGAAAGCAAAUGCUGUUGAAUUCAAUCAUCAUUUGCUAGUAUCAGAGAAACCUGAAGAAAAAUGCCAAAGAGAAGAGUCGAAUCAUGAGCUAAAGCGUAAGAGAGAAGAGACAGAAGAAACAGAAGAGAAGGUUCCAGCAAAGAAGAGAGAUUUGGAGCAAGAAUCAGAAGGCAAAACUGAAGAGACGAAGAAGAAAAAAGAGAGGAAUCUAACGAGUACUAAAGAGCUGGAACUUGAAUCCAUUGGCAAAUCAGAAGUUGCAAGGAAUAAAUCUUUAGAAUGUGAAUCAAUGCGAGGAAUGAAAGAGAUAGAAGUGAUAGAAGAAACUCAAGAGAGGAAUUUAGAAUCAAUAGACAAAACCGAAGAGAUGAAGAAGAUAGAAGAGAAGGAUCAGGUGAGGGUGAGAGAAUUGGAGUUUGAAUCCAGAUGCGAAGCAAAUGACGUAGAAGUGAUAGAUGAAAGGGAUCCAGCAAGUAACAAAGAAUUACAGCCUGGAUCUAAUGGCACAACAGAAGAGUUGACGAAGAAAGCUGUAGAGUGUGAACCAAUGUGUGCAACGAAAGAGAUAGAAGAGAGUGAUUCAGCAAAGAAGAAAGAAUUGGAACGUGACAUGAAGAUCAGCCGGCUCAAGGAAGAGAUAGCUUCUAUUCAGGUGCAAAUAAGAUAUUGGGAGUCCGUAGCUGAGAGACAAUCCAAGCUAAAGAAAGUUUAUUGUGCCCCUUAGAAUGUUCGAGUUUUUAUUUAUGGACGUUUUCGUAAUUGUUGAAUGGCAACAUGUUGAUGCAUAUUGAUCGGAGAUUUUAUCAACUAAGAUCACUUGGGUUUGGAGAAUGAUGCUAUGGAAGAGUGAGCAAUUCCUUGAUGAUUUAUCAACCCUCUGGGCUCAGGUAGUUGUGAAUGUUAAAUUCUCCUCUUCUGCCUUUCAAAUGCUUAUAUGGGUCUAAUUAUAGCACGUAGCUGAGGCACAAUCCAAGCAAAAGAAAGUUUCUUGUGCCCUUUUGGUGAACAUUUUUUGGACUUGCGAAUAUUAUGUAGUUUUCCUAGCAAUAACAUAACGGUUGUUUUGUUUAUCAUGUGGAAGAUUUUCAACCAUUUUUCCUUUUUAAUGCAACUUAAUGGUAACAGUGUAUACUAAGGAAUUAAUGUACUUUUAAGUUCAACAUUUGGAAACUCCAACAUA